AUGACACCUUCGGAAGAACCCGUUUCCGGUGCCGUCUCUGUAGCUGAUGUCACGGCAUCGACCUCACCGCCUGUUGGAGUGGGAGUGGACCCUGCUUCAGAGAUGGUAGAUGUCGACGAUUCUCCGAUUUUUGUAGAACCUACAGUUUUGGAUCCCCCUACGAUGCCGAGCGCUUCGUCUGAGCCUUUUGCCUUGGAGCGCACAGAGAGCGAGGGGGCGCUCCCCUCACCUCCCGUGGUAUCGGAGGACUUUUCUCCGGCACCGCCUACUCAGGAGCCGGCCAGAGCCGUUUUGCAGUGCUUUGCAGGUCAAGCUCGUGUGGCUUCGGCCUUGAUUAAGCAGGGCUAUUUUUCCUAUGGAGUGGAUCGAUUCAAGCAGAAGGCGGCCAUGGCCCCAGUGCUUCAGAUGGACUUGUCGACGCGGGAGGCGUGUGACUCUGUCCUAACAUGGCUUGACAACCGGAAGAUCGCGGGUGUUAUGAUAUGUAUUCCUAAACACGCCUCGGAGCCUGUUACUACGGCUUUCGUCCUGGCAGUGAUGGCAGGGUGCUUGAGCAACAACCUGCCCAUGGUUCUUGAGGGUUCGGUGUCUUCCCCCUUUUGGGAGAGUUUCAAUCGUUUACCAUCAGCACAGCACCCUCCGCAUAGGGUGGAGGUGGAUUGGCAGCUUUGGGACUCACAUAGCAAGCAGCGCAGCCUCGUGUGGUCUAAUUUGCCCGAAAUCCUCACUGUGCGCAGGGAGGCGGCACCUAUGGGACGUAAGGUGCAGCAGCGAUCGGAGGCGCAGACAGGUUAUCCGCCGGCUUUUGCCACGGCGAUAGCUGAGGUGUUCAUUGCAGGCCUGACUCAGCGACAGCUGCCAUGCCGCAGCCCGGUCUUAGCUAACAAAUCGCUGCGAGUUUCGGCUAUGAAUCAGCCACGUGGGGCGAUGCCGGAAGUGGUGUCUGAGUGGAAGUUGGUGGUUUAUGUCCUUCUGCCACCGCAGGUUGAGGACCCGUUUGGCGGGUCGAAACGCCUCAAACAGGACUGGCGAGUCCCGCACGGCGCCCGCGUGUUGCCGGAGCUCAAGCUGUUCCCGCAGGAUUCCCAGCUUCUGUCGCGUACUCAGUCAGGGGGGCAAUUGAGCCCGCAACUUCAGCAGGAAAUGCAAAACUUGAAUGGAGCCUCAGUUUUGCGAGUGGGCAUCCCAUGGGAUCCCAUUGAAUUCAUUGCUAAAGCAGGUAAGAUUGGACACCCAUACCAUAAGUUAUCCAAGUGCAACAAGGAUCUCAGAGAUCUCGUUCAUGACUUAGUACACAAACCGGGACCGGUUCGUUCUCAGAGGAAGAAUUACAUCGAGAAGUGGGCCAGAAGAGCCAAAGAGUUGGAACCAGAGGAAACCAAGCUGAAAGCUGGCAUGUCGGAUCACCGAAGGAAGACCCUUCAACCCAAACGUAUCUUGCUAUUUGAAGAGAUGCUGCGAGACAUUGGGUAUGACGAUAUGGGUGUGGUUCAGGAGCUCAUCGACGGAGCCACGCUGACGGGGGACAUUCCUAUCACUGGGGUGCUGGAUACCAAGCUCAAGCCUGCUAGGUUGGAUACUGAACAACUUAUAGGGAUGUCUGAUGAAAUCAGACAGCAGAUCCGGGUGAAGACUGGGUCGUCGGGUGAUAAGGAAAUCGACCAGCUGUUGUGGGAUAAGACGAUGGAAGAGGUACAGAGUGGAUACCUCUCAGGACCUUACGAUUUCGAGUCAUUGCCGAAAAGAUGUUUGGUCAGCUCCCGUUUUCCGUUGCUACAAGGGGAGAAGCUGCGACCAAUUGACAACUACUCAUCGAGUUUGAUUAACGACACGGUCACAGUUUCUGAAAAGCCUAUCACGCACUCUAUCGAUGAAAUUGCAUUGCUGAUAAAUACGCUUUCGAGUGCUGCCCGAAAGAAGAACCUGAACGCAUUGUACGGGAAAACGGCGGAUCUGAAGGGAGCUUACAGACAAUUGGCGGUAUCUGAUACAAGCUUAGAUUUUUCUUACCUCUCGGUCUACGACCCGGCAGAGGAGAAGCCCAAGUUGUUCCAACAACUAGCUGUGCCCUUCGGCUCAACCAAGGCCGUGUAUUUUUUCCUCAGAGUGGCGAGAGCUCUUUGGACUAUCUUGGUCAAAGGGGCCAGAAUCCCGACCACGAAUUAUUUCGACGAUUUUGUUCUGCUCGCUCUUGGAGGAGAUAGGAGUUCGUGUUCGCAUGCUUUCGAUGAAGUUAUGAGGCUGCUAGGUUGGAAGCUGUCAGCUGAUAAGACGACAGAGUGGGACACCAGCUUCGAGGCCCUUGGCGUCCUUUUCGAGCUUGACCAGACAGGGUCGGGAGUUCUGAAGGUCAGGAACACUGAGAAACGACGAAAGGAACUUACUGCUGCGAUCAAAGGUUUCCUGGACAAGGGAACCAUGACUCAGAAGGAAGCGCUACAACUGCGGGGUAGGCUGCAGUUUGCUCAAGCCCAGUUUUUCGGUAGGCUGGGAAGAAGGUGCCUUACGGAGGUGACAAAGCAUGCCUACACUGGCAGGUCGAAGCUUUCGUCGAUGGCCAAGGAACGACUUGAAGAGUUUGGUAAGAACUGGAGGCCUGGGGGCGUCCUUCUCACCGGGUCAGGCUCGGCACUCUCUUUCUUCAGCGUGCCGAUCUCAGAGCAGCAAGCCAAGUCUAUGUCGUUGCAAGAUGAGCAUACCAUCAUAUAUGAGCUCGAAAUGUUCGGGGUCUUGAUCGGUCUCAAGCUCUUGGUCGAAAAGACAGCUGCUUUCGCAGAAUCAUACGAGCAGCCAGGUGCUGUUGCUGGAACUGGAGUGAUUUGUUAUAUCGAUAAUGAUGCUGCGAGACAUGCAUACAUCGCCGGCUCUUCGAAGAAAGGGGUUGCUGGGAUUCUUAUCGAUGAAGUCAACUUCCUGGAGUAUGUCCACGGCAUCUUGCCGUGGUAUGCGAGAGUGGCAUCACCCGCCAAUCUGGCUGAUGAACCAUCGAGGAUGAAACUUGAUAGAGUCAAGAGGCUAGGAUUCAGAGACGAGUCCGUCGAGGCGACCAAAGCGGUGUUAUCAAUUGUGAAGAGGGUUUCAAAUCUGCCUGCUUAA